CACAAAUCUCGCUUAGGCAAAUGAAAACUUCCGAAUAAAACGCAGAAAGUGUUUAUCCCCCACUCCUCCAAAAACGGUCGUGUAAUGAUGGAUGCCACCAAGACGUCAGAUACGGCGACCAAAGAAAAUGCCGCCGACAAAGUAAGUGAGUCGAAGGCCCUAGAAAAUGCAUCGGGAGCACCAGCAGCAGCAGCAACAGCGGUGGAAAGUGACAAGGAGAAGGAGGCUGCCUCAGAGGAGGCAACGGCGGCUAGCAAGAAAACCGAAUCAGGAGCCGAUGCAGCAGCAGCGCCCCCACCACCACCACCCUCCGCUGCUAGUGCUGCCGAUGGCAGCAACUCUGAUGACGUCGCUGAUAAAAAAGCUAUAGCCGGAGCUACCGAAUCGGAUGCAGCCGACUCAAAGGACAAAAAGGAAUCAUCACCCUCGGCAAAGAAAGUCACUAACAACAAUAAUGGGGCUAAAAAGGAAGACUCAUCCUCGGUGAAAGGUGCAAAGGAUGCCAAAGAUAAUGGAUCUGCUGGCGAGGAUGAGGAGGACGAGGAAGAAGAGGAUGAAGAAGGCGAUGAUAAAGAAGAGGAUGACGUCAGUGAUGAUGACACAAAGAAGAAGAAACCCGUGGCAGAGAAAAAGAAAAAUGAUACCAACACCACAAUAGAUGGUGCCUCAAAGGCAUCCAAAACUAAGGAUAAGGAUGCGGGUGACAAAUCUUCCACAGCUAAGAAACCCGAAACGAAGGCCAAAAAUGGCAAAGUGGACAAAAGUGAUCAGGAAGAUGAUGAAGAGGAUAGCGAGGCGGCCGAUGGCGAUGACGAUGUCGAUGGCGAUGGUCUUGAUGUGAACAACGAGGUGGCCGAGGACGAUGAGAAUGUUGUGGCUCUGGCCGAAAUUGAUCGCAUCAAUGAGAAUAUCAACAAAACUCGGGUCGAUGGCCUACAGACUCUACAUGCCCUCUGCUUUGGGGCCCAGGGCAAGAAUAAUGUGGUUAAAAAGAAUCUACGAUCCUUUGCUGGCUUCGAGUUUGCCAAGGAUUCGGCGGAAUAUAAAAAGAAAUUCGAAGCAAUCAAGAAGGUGGAUAACAAAUCGUUGCGUAGCAUUUGCGAAAUUCUCACCUUGGAUCGCAAGGGUAGCAAGGAUGAGAUAGCAACACGUGUGCUCAAAUUCCUAAUGGAACCGGAUGAGUCCCUGUGCCUGGAACAAGGCGACGAGGAGGAUGAGGAGUUGGAUGAGGAUCUUGACGAAGACGAGGAAGAGGAGCAGGCCAGUGAAGACGAUAAGAAACGCAAGAGUGCUGCUGGCAAAGCAAGCGGCGGCAGAGGGUCAGCAAGAAAUUCCUCUGGACGCCCCAAGCGUUCCACUGCAGGCAAAACAGAAAUGUCUGCUUAUGUAGAUUUCUCCAGCUCUGAAGAGAGCGAGCACAAAGUUACGGUGGCCAAGCGAAGACGUAACGACGAUUCCGAAUCAGGAUCAGACUAUAAUCCUUCGGCCAAUUCCGAUUCAGAUGCUGGACGUGCCGGUGGUGGCGGCGGUGGUAGCGGAGGAGGCGGUGCUGCAGGACGAAAGGGUUCAGGACGUGCCAGUCGGGGACGCCCAGCGCGUAAAAGUCGACGAAGAAACUCCGAUUCCGAAGAGGAAGAAGAAUCUGAACUAUCCGAAGCGGAUAGUGAUGUACCCAAAAGAGGAAAACGUGCGCCGGCUGGCAAACGUGGUCGACCCGCUGCUACUCCGACUGCUGGACGAAGAGGUCGUGGACGAGCAGCUGCUGCACGUAAACGCAAAGAUUCUGAAAGCGAAGAGGAGGAAAUUUCCGAAGACGAAGAGGAGGAGGAACUGUCUGAAUUUGGUAGCGAUCAAAGUGAGGAGGAACGUCCCAAGAAGAGUAAGAAGCCUGUAACGCCUGCGAAAAAUAGCAAAGCUAACAACAAUAAGUCAAAACCAGCUGGAAAGGCCGCUGGACGACCAAAAAAAUCAAAGAAAGAAUCUUCCGAAGAGGAUGAUGAUAUUGAUGACAAGGAUGAAUCCGACGAGGAUGAGCCACUAACCAAAAAGAGUAAAGUGGCUUUCCCAACGGAUGAGCAAAUACGCAGUUAUGUUAAAGAAAUCUUGGAUAAGGCCAAUCUCGAAGAGAUCACUAUGAAAACAGUUUGCAAACAAGUCUAUGCAAAAUAUCCCGAGUUCGAUUUAACAGAUAAAAAAUAUUUCAUUAAGGCCACAGUCAAAGCGUUAAUUGCCACAUAAAAACUCACACACCCCCCUACACACACACACACACACAUACAAUGAGAGGGAAAGGCAGAACUUGUACCAAACAGCAAAAAACUAUAUAAAAUCCGACAGAAUAUACACAAAAAAACUAAGGCAAAACUUGUUGCCACACUUUUUGAGAGCUCUGCUACAACAACAACAACAAAAAACAAAACAAAUAACGAACCAGAUCUUUAGUUUUCCUAUAUAAGUCUAUAUAAUUUGUAACUCCUAAACACAAACAAAACUUAAAAUCAAGAAUUUUUGUUCUAUUAUAUAUUAGGUUUAUACACUAUAUAUACAUAUAUAUAUUUACAUAUAUAUCUCUGACUUGAUUGCAUGUGUAUAUACAUAUAUGUACUAUGAUUUCUGUACCAACUUAUUUCUAAUUUAAUUUCUCUCUGAAUAGCUCUACAAAAAGUGUGUAAAAAUUUAAGCAUAAAGUAGGAAAACAAAAUUGUAAAAAACAGAACAGUUAAGUAAAAAGUGGAAAUAUUAUAAAUAAAAAACAAAUUUGA